UUGCUCAGGUUUAUCAGAACGUUUUCAACUGCUUAACGGCAAACAACGCAAAACGCGAUCAUCAACAACACAAAAAUUAAAGCAAAACUAUCACAAAUGCUUUAAUCUAAAACGAAAUUCAUUUUAACGCGUUCUCAGCGAAUUAAAAAGAAUUAAACGAAAAUUAUUAAAAAUUUUAUUUAAAACACAUCAAAUAAAAUCAGUGCAACCGCGUAAAUUAUACCUAUCAACAUGUUAUAACAAAAACUGAAAAAUUAUUUUAAAAUAAAAGCCACAAUAAAACGUGCAGUUUAAAUUUUUUCUAAAUUCAAAAUAUUGCAAUUCUUGGCCGGAAUUAAAAUUUUGUAAUAUUAUUAUUUUUGCUUUUGUUUUUUUCUUAUAAACAAAAAAAAAUUUAACCAUUAAACCUCGUAUCAAAUUACCGCAAAACUACCUCGUUUAAAAAAAAUUAUUUAAAUUUUGUUUUAAAAGAAGAAGAAAAUUAAAACAGUAUUAACUCAAUUUUAAUUGGAAAAGCAGAAAAACAAAAAUAAAUUAACACCAGCACAAUGACUUCCAAGGAACAAAUUAUGGCUAGUGAGGAGAAGGGCUAUGAGAAACCACCAGGUCUCUUCCAAACCCGCUACUUUGUUACGUUUAUGCUCUUUUUGGGCAUGGCCAAUGCCUAUGUGAUGCGUACCAAUAUGUCGGUGGCCAUUGUGGCCAUGGUGAAUCAUACGGCCAUUACAGCGGGCAAUGCUGAAGAUGUUAUGGAUGAUGAAUGUCCCGAUUCUAACUAUACAUCAGUGGAUCUCGGACAAGAUGGUGAAUUCAAUUGGGAUUCCGCUCUACAAGGUUAUAUUUUAUCAUCCUUCUUCUAUGGCUAUGUUCUCACACAGAUUCCCUUUGGCAUGUUGGCCAAGAAAUACGGUUCCCUAAACUUCCUCGGCUGGGGUAUGUUUAUCAAUUCCAUAUUUGCUUUCCUAGUGCCCGUGGCCGCCCGCGAAGGUGGUGUCUGGGGUUUGUGUGCGGUACGUUUCAUUCAGGGUCUUGGUGAAGGUCCCAUUGUGCCCUGUACGCAUGCUUUGCUGGCCAAAUGGAUUCCGCCCAAUGAAAGAUCACGUAUGGGCGCUGCGGUUUAUGCAGGUGCACAAUUUGGUACGAUUAUUUCUAUGCCCUUGUCCGGUCUAUUAGCUGAAUACGGUUUCGAUGGAGGCUGGCCCUCAAUUUUCUAUGUAUUCGGUGCUGUGGGUACCAUAUGGUCGAUUGCUUUCUUGAUCUGGGUCUAUGAGGAUCCCUCAACACAUCCCAAGAUCGAUGAACGUGAAAAGAAGUACAUCAAUCACUCUCUGUGGGGCACUAAUGAUAUUAAGAUUCCUCCAAUUCCCUUCAAAGCUAUUGUCAAAUCAUUACCUUUCUAUGCCAUUUUGUUUGCUCACAUGGGUCAUAAUUACGGUUAUGAAACCUUGAUGACUGAAUUGCCCACUUAUAUGAAACAAGUUUUAAGAUUCUCUUUGAAAUCGAAUGGUUUAUUGUCCUCGUUACCCUAUUUGGCUAUGUGGAUAUUCUCCAUGAGUAUUUCGGUGGUGGCUGAUUGGAUGAUCACUUCAAGUCGCUUUAAUCACACUUCAACUAGGAAAAUUAUGAACUCAAUAGGUCAAUAUGGUCCCGGUAUUGCUUUAAUAGCGGCCUCUUACACUGGUUGCGAUCGUGUCUUAACAUUGGCCAUUCUCACUGUUGGUGUGGGUCUCAAUGGUGGUAUUUACUCAGGUUUCAAAAUCAAUCAUUUGGAUUUGACGCCUCGUUUUGCCGGUUUCCUAAUGGCUAUUACAAAUUGCUCUGCCAAUUUGGCCGGUCUCUUGGCACCCAUUGCCGCCGGUAAUUUAAUCCAUAAUCAGCCCACAAUUGCUCAAUGGCAAAAGGUAUUCUUUAUAGCAGCCGCUAUUUAUAUUGCAGCAGGUACCUUCUACAACUUGUUUGCCUCCGGUGAACGUCAACCUUGGGAUAAUCCUGAUAAUGAUGAAAAAGACACAAAUACCUUGGAGUCACAACAUCAAACUAGUCCCCCCACAAUUACAGGGUUACGCCCCGCCGCCAUUACAGCCACCCAAUAGUAUAUAGAUUUAAAUUAAAUUUAAACUAAUUAUUAUUAUUUUAAAAACACAAAAAGGCUAAUAUAAAUUUCUAUAGAGUAUAAGGUUUAAAACUAAAAGUAAUUAACACAAGAGCAUAGUUAAAAGCAAAGCAAGAUAAUAAUAAAAUUAUAUAAAAAAAAGACAUGUUAAAUCAGGAAUUACCAGGAACCUAAUUAAAAAUGUUAAAGAAAAGUAAUUAUACAUUUAAAUUUGAACCAUGAAAAAACAGAAAUAUUUAAGUUAUUUAUUAAUUUUAAGCACCUAAAUAAUUAAAACAAGAAAAAAUUACAAAAAAUAUAGCACGAAAUGUCAGUAUAAUUUAAUUAUUAUGAUUAUUAUAAAAAAAUUAAAGAAAAUGUAAUAAAAAAUUACCUCAUUAAUGCAAAAACAUAUUAAAAACACGAUUAAUAAUAUAUUUGUAAAAUUUUUCGUUUUUGUAAAUUAUUUUGUUAAAAGUUUUUUGUAUAAAUUUAUCUAAAAAAAGAAAGUUUAAAGUAAUAUUAACUUUAUUGUCUGCCUACCAUGUAGAUUUCAUUAAUAUUUUUAUAAAAAAAUAAUUAUUAUUUUACUAUAAUUUUUCAUUUUCUGUAUAUGUGAUAGUUAAAUCAAAAGAAAUGCUGUUAUUUUUUUUAAUAAUAUUUAAUUUUUGUUUGUUGAAUCAAUUAAAAACGUAAAUAACACCUAACUAAAUAAGUAAAAUGUUUAAUUUUAUUAUUAUUAUUUUUUUAAUUUGUAAAUUUUAUUAUUUUCGUUUAAUGUUUAUUUGAAUUGGAACAUUAUUAUUAUUAUUAUUAUAAUUGGAAUAUGAUUGAAAGAAGUAUAAGAAAAGAAAAAAAAAACAUCAGAAAAGAAUUUUUAUUUUUUACAGAAAACAAAAGACAAUAAAUAAAUUGAUAAUUUUUUGAAAAAGAACCAAAAAAAAUUAUUAAACAAAACACUAAAA